AUGUCCCAGGAACCUCUCCGCAGCAACAGCGAUAGCCCGAAUGUCAGAAAUUCUUUUGGCAUUGCUCCACAUAGUCAUGCCUCUACCUCCCAGGCUUCCGAGGCUGGCCAUAGUCAUCCCAUGCCCAACCCGGAGCAUAUAACCGCCCCGGAACCUCAGGAUGCAUUAAUAAACCGCACAGUUAGGCGUCGCCUUCUCAGCCUUGUGGAAGAAGGCUUCACCUUAGGCAGUGAAGACGAGGACAGAAUCAAGGAACCUCAAAAAAAGAAGUUGAUGACAUCUGUGGUCAACAGCUUGAUGUCCGGUUUGGAGGUCUCGUAUGACGGAAAGCCUGUUCAAAGUGAUGCUCAGGCUCCCUUAGAGGGGGAAGCAAUGCUUAUCGACGAACCUGGGCUUCAGGACCAGACCGGCGUCACGUCGGCGCCAGGCACUUCCACGCAACCAGACCAUCCUCUCGCACAUUCACCGGAGCCCCCGAACCAAGCGCCAACCUAUUACGACCCGAGCAACCAUGUGAGCAACAAUCGGGAAGGGGUCAAUCACAGCUGGGCCAAAGGCAUGGUUAUCGGAGACAGGUUCUACUGCGACUGCCGUCUGGAGACGAGGGGCGUAAAGAACCAGGCUGCAGACAUUUCAUCGCACAUAAGUUCGAACCACAACCCUAACAGCGCGUAUAAAAAGAAGACCCGGACGGCGCCGCGUAGGUGCAUUCAGUGCCGGACCUCCUAUAAGAACUUUACCAGCAUGGAGCGCCACAUGAGAAGCAAACAUAAAAUUCGCGGCGCUACCACCAGUUGGCUCCGCGCAGUAUACAGAGAGACCCGGGACGGCGACGGACUUGAUCCGGACGAUUUUAAGGAGUGGAACAAGAUGGAGCAGAAGGUGAAGAAGGAGGAGGAGGAGGAGGAGGAGAAGGGGGAGGAGAAGGGGGAGGAAGAGGAGGGGGAAGAGGACUGCGUGAUCGUAGAAAGCUCCGGGGGCGCAUAUGCCUAG